GUAAAAAUGAGUGUAAGAACAUAUAAUCCUUCAGUUCGUGUUGGAAACUGGAUUGAAGAUCUUUGCUUAGAAGAAGACCUCCUUAAAGACUUUGUAGAGAAGGAAGAAAAUGGCGAUCUAUUAAUCUAUAAGGCCAAUAACUUAGCUUCUAAGUUACUUCAGUAUGUUGAGCUCAGCAAGCCAAAGAAUGGUAAUAUCUGUUUUGGUGACAUCAUUUGUUUGUAUAACCCUAGAACAGAAGCUAAUUUGUCAAUAAAUUUAUCAAACAGUCGCUUACACGAAGCAAACAGUGUGUCAGCACCAUGUGGAGUAUCAGCAUCGAAAAUCCUAAAUCCGUGUUUUAGAAAUGCCUUCGUUAUAACCAGUUGUGAUGGUGUCAGUCAAGUAGGAGACUUUCUGACAUAUGGACAACAAUUUCUUCUUACCACCUUACCAGGGAUUGGAGGAGAGCUCAAAUUAUCAAGUGAUGUUGCCACUUUUAUGAAAAAUGCCAAGAAAUCUCGUUUACAAGAAGUCUCUCUUACCAGUACAAUAUCUUAUUUAUGUCACUGGCAAAUUCUUCAUUUCGACCCACAGCAGAGAUUCGAAAGCGAAGGCACACCUGUACCAGCGAAUGAGAAAAUAAUGUUUAAUCACUGCAAGACAAACCAGAGACUUUGUGCGCUACAAGAAUACGGUUUUAGAACCACGUUUGGACGGGAGCAUGAAGUAGCUGGACACACCUUUCUUAAUUCUCAUAAAGCAGAAAAAGAGGAAAAUCACUGGGUGAUGGUUGAGCAGGAAAAUGAUUAAGUGAUAAGCUUGUGUAUUUUUUUAAAACCAAAAUUGUUGUUAUUAAUAUAUAUUUUUACAAACUUUAAA